AUGGCCCUGAGUCCUCGAGCUCGUCCCCCGCUCUCACUUCUCCCAGCCGAGGACAGACUUCACUCACGUGAGAACACUCAGACGACAUGGUGAAGAUCGGAAUCAACGGAUUUGGCCGUAUCGGCCGCCUGGUGACCCGCGCCGCCGCCUCGGGAGGCAAAGUGGAGGUGGUGGCCAUCAACGACCCCUUCAUCGACCUGGACUACAUGGUCUACAUGUUCAAGUACGACUCCACCCACGGCGUGUUUAAGCUCGGAGAGGUGAAGGCCGAGGGCGGCAAGCUGGUCAUCGGCAGCAUGCACAUCACGAUCUUCCACGAGAAGGACCCCGCCAACAUCAAGUGGGGCGACGCCGGCGCCGACUACGUGGUGGAGUCCACCGGCGUGUUCACCACCAUCGAGAAGGCCUCCGCUCACCUGAAGGGCGGAGCCAAGAGGGUGGUGAUCUCCGCCCCCAGCGCCGACGCCCCCAUGUUCGUCAUGGGCGUCAACCACGAGAAGUACGACAACUCCAUGAAGGUGGUGAGCAACGCCUCCUGCACCACCAACUGCCUGGCGCCCGUCGCCAAGGUCAUCAACGACAACUUCGGCAUCGUGGAGGGUCUCAUGAGCACCAUCCACGCCAUCACCGCCACCCAGAAGACGGUGGACGGGCCCUCCGGUAAGCUCUGGAGAGACGGACGCGGCGCCUCCCAGAACAUCAUCCCCGCCUCCACCGGCGCCGCCAAGGCUGUGGGCAAGGUCAUCCCCGAGCUCAACGGGUAGGUCACAUGACUGGAGGAGGCCGUUAAGCCCCGCCCCCAAAGAACUGGAUCAUUAAUAGACAUCGUCAUCCGUCUGGAGAAGCCCGCUAAGUACGAUGACAUCAAGAAGGUGAUCAAAGCCGCGGCUGACGGGCCCAUGAAGGGCAUUCUGGGAUACACAGAGGACCAGGUCGUGUCCACGGACUUCAACGGAGACACUCGCUCCUCCAUCUUCGACGCCGGCGCCGGCAUCGCCCUCAACGAGCACUUCGUGAAGCUGGUGUCAUGGUACGACAACGAGUUUGCCUACAGCCACAGAGUGUGCGACCUCGUCCUGCACAUGAGCUCCAAGGGUGAAGUCCUCCCCGACCCAUGACCCCCGUCCCAUGACCCCCCGUCCCCGUCCCGACCUUCACCUGUAACUGGACGCCGCCGCCCUGUCCUCCACGACGUCCGUCCAAUCCCAGAGAGAUUAGAAAACCUUUUUUAUAUACACUGAACUUUAUUGAAGUGACCUGUUGAGCGUGAGAAUAAAGUCCUGAGUGGAGCACC